UGUAAUACCAAAACAUAUAUAACCAUCAUAGUUACCCAUAUGGAUACAAGAAAUGGUUGGAGAGAGGUAUCGUAGUCAUCACGCAGUCGAUCCAUCGGAUGCUCAGGAGAAGGAGGUGCUCGAUCAUUAUGAGCUGAAUAGGGAGAAAUAUAAUGAUGAGCGAGACAAUGUGCAGAAGAAGACGUUCACAAAAUGGGUUAACAAGCACUUGUCAAAGACGGAUCACAAAAUUGACGAUUUAUUUGUCGAUUUACGGGACGGAUAUGCACUGAUUGCGUUGUUGGAGGCUCUUACUGGCGAGCGAAUUCAAAAAGAGAACGGCUACACACGAUUCCAUCGGAUUCAGAAUGUACAGUACUGCUUGGACUUUUUGAAAAAGAAAAAUAUCAAAUUGGUAAACAUUCGACCCGAGGACAUUGUCGAAGGAAACGGAAAACUGACACUCGGACUGAUUUGGACAAUUAUUCUCAACUUCCAGGUCUCAGUAAUCCGCCAACGUCUCCUUUUGGAGUCGUCACAACACGAACAAAUGAGUGCAAAACACACUACCACCAACUCACAGGUCUCCCUACACGGAAGCGAUGCGACAUCGGCGCGCGACGCAUUGCUCCAAUGGGCCAGACGGGUGACUGCUGGUUAUCCACGUGUUAAUGUGAACAACUUUUCGAGCUCAUGGCGUGAUGGACUCGCCUUUAAUGCAAUUCUCCAUCGAUACAGAAGCAGUGCUAUCGAUUGGAAUAAGAUCAGUUCGGACUCAGUUUCCAACACUGAACGCCUGAACAACGCGUUCGCCGCGGCGGACCGCGAAUUCGGAGUCGAACGUCUUCUUGAUGCCGAAGACGUUGACACCAACAAUCCAGACGAGAAGUCGAUUAUCACCUACGUCUCGUCACUCUACAAUGCUCUUCCACACGAGCCGGAGAUGAGCAGACUGCAAAAAGUGCAAGAAGAGUACAUUGAAGAGGCCUAUGAAUGGCGUGAGUGGGUGGUUCGAGCUAUCCAGCUCGUCGACGAUCGUCACCUCCAGGGAACUGCUUCGGAGCUCAUCUACGAGCUUCAACGAUUCCGAGAGGAUGAUCUACCGCCGAGAGAAGAGCAGAAGCGACGGUUGACACUUGUCUAUGAACACUUGGAGAAGGUGAUGAGGUCGACGGAGCUCUUUGCGAUCCCACACGAGCUGAGUGCUCCGGAGCUUCAACGGGUGUGGAAUGAGCUUCAGAACUCGAUAGAUCGGAGGUUUGAUGUUCUCGAGAGACAUCGUAUUCAGGAGGGCAACUCGAACGACCUUCUCAGCCGCCUUGCCCGCGGCAUUGGCAUCACCAACGAAAAGCUCGACCUGAUUCUGAAGAGAAUCGAGGAUGUGGAGGCUCGCGUCGACACAUCACCACCGGCAGCCGUUGAGCGUACCGUCUCGGAGAUUGUCGACGAUUUGAAUGCUCUCGAGAGCCCGAUCGCCAGAUUCUUUGAAGACGUUGAAGAGCUGAAAUCGAUGCAACAUCCGGAAGCCAACGAUUUCUACAAACAAGUGUACGGACUUCAUCAGCGAAGAACAACCUACCUGGAUCGUCUGACGAAUCAGAUUCUGGUUCGCCUUGGCGUCCGAACUGACAGUCUUCACAAGGAAAAUCAGCAGAGACUCGAAAAUAUGAGAAAGACAUCGUUCAGUCGUGUUGAGGAGUGCAUCGAGUGGGUUCGUGUUCGUAUGGAGAAGCUCACGACCAUGGAGUUCCUGGAGGACUUGGAAACAUUGGAGCACGUCUUUGAGCAACACAAGUUUGACAAUCGAGACAUCCAGGACUUCCGUCAAAAUGUUGAUGAAUGCAUUGCGAGACAAGCUGAAGUCUCGGCGGAGGACACUUAUGAGUAUUGCGAGCUUCUUCGCGUGCUCGAGAGUGAAUACCAACAACUCCGUGACCUGUCUGCCGGAAGAAUGCUCGAUUUGGACUCCCUCAUCGCUUUUGUCCGUGCUGCUCAACUCGAGCUCAUUUGGGUUUCCGAGAGAGAAUCCAUUGAGGUCACCAGAAACUGGAGUGAUAUCAAGCAGUUGGAUCUUCCGAUGCUCACCAACUACUACAAGCAGCUGCUCCACGAGAUGGAACUCCGUGAGAAGCAGUACAAUGAUGUGCACAAUCAAGGAGCGGCUCUUCUCAAUCAGGGACAUCCAGCGAUUCGUGUCAUCGAAGUCUAUCUCCGACAAAUGCAAAGUCAAUGGGAUUGGCUUCUUGCGUUAAGCAAGUGCCUUGAGGAGCACCUCAGAGAUGCGCUCAACCUCAAGUCCUUUAUGGAGGAGGCUUCCGACGCUGAAGCCUGGAUCCAGGAGCAAUCCGUCAGGCUUGAGAACAACUACAAUCGGACGGACUUCUCGUUGGAAGAAGGAGAACGAUUCUUGCGGGAGCUCGACGAGAUCAAGGAGAUUCUCAACAAGUAUCAUCAAGUGCUCAUGGCUCUCACCGAGCGAUGUGCAAGCAUCUCACCACUCUGGCAGAGAGGAGAACGUAUCCCGCAUCCGAUCAAGGUUACCGCACUCUGUGACUAUUCCGAUGAGAAUGUGACGAUCAAGGCUGGAGAUGAUGUCUACCUUCUGGACAACUCUGAUUUGAUCAAGUGGACGAUUCGUGACAUCUCUGGAGCCGAGGGACAAGUCCCAUCAGUGGUUUUCCGUAUCCCACCGACUGAUGCUCGUCUCACUGCACUCUUGAACCGACUUCUUCAACAAUUCGAGAAGCUCAAGAAGCUCUGGGACAAGAAACACAGGAUGGUUCGAUUCAACAUGGUGCUCAACACGAUGAGAACUAUUCAAGGAUGGGAUCUCGACACGUUCAACUCGAUUGACCCUGAUCAACGUGACGCUAUCAUGAAGGCACUGAACGAUGAUGCUAACAAACUGCUCAGCGAGCUCGAUCCAAAUGAUCCAUUGGCGUUGCGUCUUCGCGAAGAGCUCCGAAGAACCAACGAGCACUUCUGGAACUUGCUCAAUGCGAGUCAAAAGCCUCCAGAGCCAGAUUGGGCUUCUCAGUACGAUCAGAAGAUGGCCGAGUUGCUGAAGAAGUUGGAGGAAGCUUGGCGUGAGCUUAAUGAUGCUGUCGGAAAGCCAAUCUCCCGAUCGCCGGAAGAUCUUGAACGAGUCAUUCAUGCUCACAAGAGAUUUGAGGAUGCUCUUCAAGCCUUGGACAGUGACGUGGCCAAUGUCAAGGAGCUCUUCCGUCAACUUCCGAAUCCAACACCAACCCAGCGUGUCAAUCAUGACCGCUUGAAUGGGCUUUGGGAUGACUUGUGGGAUUUGUCAAGGAUGUACGUCGAGCGAAUCAAGGUAUUGGAGUCGGUUCUGAAUGGAAUGGUCGAAGUCGCUGACAUCGUGAGGCAACACGAGAUUACGUUGAACUCAUUCGACGAUCUGCCGGCUGCGCUCGAUAAACUGCGAGGACACCACUCGCAGUUGCUCGAGAUUAACAUGGUGCUCAAGCAACAACAAACCGUCAUUGACCAACUCAACAGGAAUGUUGCACUUCUCCGUCAACACGUCUCGAGAACCCGUAUUAACGAGGGACACCAUCCUGACGUUGACGCCAUCGAAGACGAGGUGCAAAAGCUGAAUGUCCGCUGGGAAAAUGUGAACUCCCAAAUAGCUUCUCGCUUGCUCGCCGUCGAAAGUGCCCUCCAAAUCCAAAUGGUCUACCGAUCCGAGUACGAGACUGAAAUGUCGUGGUUGGACACUGUCGAGGAGACGAUCAAUCGUCUGAGAAAGCCAGAAGAGCUCCGCCCUGAGCAAUACCAACAGCAACUCGACAUGCUCAUCGCCGAAUACACAAACCUUCAAGAGCACACUCAAGCGAUUGAGCACGUGAACAAGGAGGGUGGUCGGUUCAUUCAUGAAGCCAAGAUUUUCGACGCGAAACUCGGACAGUACUCUGAUGGAAUUGUUGGAAUCCACGGACCCGGUAUCAAGUCGGAAUUCCGUCGUACUAAGCCACAGCCGAAGAAUGGAUCACAGAUUGUUACUGAGGAGCUUGAGCUCCUGAACCGUCGAUUUGCUCAACUGAGCUCCCUGAUCCUGGAACGCCGCAACACAAUGCAAGUGCUCAUCCAGAACUGGAAACGUCAGAAGCAGGAAAAUGUGACUCAAGUGGUAUCGUUCCGUGAAGCUGAGGUGUCUGGCAUGAUGACGGACUUGACGAGGUUCCGACAGGAGAUCUUUACGACGCAUCUCACGUUCAACUCGAAUCCAGAGUCAAUUGAUGCGGCGACGAAGAAUGUUCAGAACGUGAAGCAGUCGCUCGACUCGUGGCGUGACCGAAUCAAGGAACGGCUGGAUGAGAUUGAUCGGCUUUGCACAGAAGAAGGCGACUCGUUGACACCGGAGCAGUAUAGUGCGUUGAGAGAGAUGAGACGGCAACUUGCCGAUGAAUAUGAUACGGUUUUGAGGACUGUCGAGGGUAUUCACACGAGACUCAACAUCCUCUCCGCCUUGCUCAUUGAGUUCUCAUCAGUGACGUCAUCAAUGCAAUCAUGGAUGACUGAUAGAACACGUCUUGCUGGAGACAUUCGUCACAAGUCGGGAGACCCGAUGAGAAUUGAUGAAGCUCGAUUUGAAGCCAAAUCUCUGAUGGAUGAAGUUAUUCGAGAAGAGUCGCGGCUCAAGACGAUUGGAGCAUCGGUGCUCAAGAUUGAGCAGGAGAUUUCUGCGAUGCGGGAUGACGUGAGAGCCAGUGGAUCGACGGAUGAUGUUGGAAUUUCGGUGGACGAGGUUUACGAGACGAGGCGACGAGUUGAAGAUGACUACAUGCAACUUCUUCGUCAGUGUCAGGAUCUUAUUUCGUUCCAAAAUCGUCUUCAUGCAAUGAAUGAUGAGCAUUCUGAGCAAGCCCGACGAGCAGAUGAGUGGCUUCAAAUGCUCCAGAAUGAUGUGGAGGAUGUAGACCAAGACCCUAGAUUUCAGAGAGACGAGGAUCGGAUUCAAAGGAUCGAGGAGCUGAAUCGAAUGGCUGCAGGUGGAUCUUCACAGCUUGAUGAUGCUGAGCAGGCGUCGAGGAGACUUCUGACGGCUCUUGAAGGAACGAAUGUCGCGAAUGAUGUCAGAGCUCGGCACGAGGAACUAGCCAACUUGAGAAGAGGGAAGCAUCAGAAAGUGAUUGAUCGGCUAUCGCAGAAUAUGAUGGAGGCGGCAUCCCGAAAGGCUGAAGCUGAAGGAGUGAAGCAGGCGGUGGAGAACUUGAGGCAAUGGAGUGAGCAAACUGCUCAACGGACUCGGCAACCGGUGCAGCUGCCGCUCACCGAGCUGGAUCUUCAUGAGGCUAGAAAGGACGAGCAGGUUCUUCACGGAGAGAUUGAAAAUCGCUUGGCUCUGAUUGAAGAGCUCGAGAAGAAGGCUGCAGAUGUUGGAGACCACGCUUCCCUCGCCGAACUUCAGGAGUGUAAGAUGAAGCUCAAACGGAGCAAUUCUGAUCUCAAAGGUCUUCGAGACAACAUUUUCGAUGCGAUCAAUGGACUUCAAACUGUCAAUUCGGAAGGUGAAACUCUCUCCAGAGCCGUGGAUUCUGCUGGAGCCAAGAUUCGAUCUGCUCGCCUGCCAGAGGCUCAAUCGGAAGUUGAAGCUCUCCAAGAUCAGGCGGACAACCUUGAGAGGAUCACCAAUAACUUGUGCAACAUUCCAAAUGUCACCCGAACCGAGCCAGUUAUCCAGAAGAGCAAGGAUCUCAGGAAACGAGUUGAUUCGUGUGCUCAGGAGCUUGAUGCUCGAAUGGGAAAGCUCGCGGAGUUGGAAUCGUUGGAUGCAGAGUUUGAUGGUGCAAAGAACAAGUUGAGCUCAUUUAUUGGAGCAUUUGAUGAUGAGUUGAAAGGAUUGGAGAAAGUAUCAAUUGAUAAGGAGAAGCUCGCCGAGCAACGCCGGCAAACUCAAGAUCUCGUCGAUAAGCACUCUGAAGGAAAUGCAAUUCUUGAUGAUGUUGAGGCGAUUGCGCAGAAAGUCACUGCAGAAGAUCCAUCAAAGACUGGAAGUGCUCAAAAAUCUGUUGGAGAACUUGGAGCACGACUUCAGCGUCAAGCCAGUGAGCUCAAGGCUCGUGGAGAUAAGAUCAACAAGCUCGACUCGAAAGCCACGUCAUUCGCUGAAUCAGAAGCCGCUGUGCUCGGAUAUAUUGAGAAGCAGAAGGAUCAGCUGUCGACAGGAUUCCCAGUUCCAGCUACGAAAGAAGGAGUGAAAUCUCAACUUUUGGACUUGGAAAGAAUGAAUAAAACUGGAAAAGAAGAGCAACGACGUGUGGAUGAUGCUCGUCACUCGGCUAGAGAGCUCGCAAGAGAAGCAUCUGUUGAGAAGGAGGUCCAAGAUAUGAAUCAACGAGAGAAGAAGCUUCUUGACGAGUGGGAAGAUUUGGCCGAUCAAUUCGAUGCUGUAAGAUCCCGAGCCAAUAAGGCUGAGCAGGUACUCAACGAGUGUGCUCAGAUGGAAAAAUAUAUUGGUGCCAAGAAGAACAUGUUGGAAGGAAUCGGAGCACCGAGCACGGAGCCCGGAGUCGCCAAGGCAAACCGUGCACAGAUUCAGUCGAUGAAAGCGGAGACGGAAGGGGAGAAGUCUGCACUGGAACAUGUGAACUCUCUGGCGAAUGAGCUGAUUGCUGAUGGAGGAGCCAAUGUUGAGGAGUUGAUGAAGAAGAUGGAUAGGCUGAACCGGAAAUGGCACUCGCUGGAAAGUGGAUUGGAUGAAAAUGCUGGAAGGGUGGAGGAGGCUGCGAAGUUGGGACAAGAGCUCAAGGAUAUUCAGAAGGAGUUGAGAAAAGAACUCGGAGAGCUCGAAUCGAAUGUUGAAAAGGCGUCUGCCAUGUCAUCCAACGACAUUGGAGAUCAACUUGCCACCCUUGACUCUUUGAAAUCCAGAUUCGGAGGCGUCGAUAAGGCUUUGGAGAAGCUGAAGGGUAUCCUGGAAGCUACUGAAGAGCUCGAAGUAGAUGCGACGAAUCGAGCUGAAAUUCAAGAGCAACUGGAAACAACUCAGAAGAAGGCUGAUGAACUAGAGAGAAAGAUUGAGAAUGUGAAGAAGGCGGCGUUGAACGCUCAGAAUGAGGGCCUGGAGCUAGAGAAGAAGCUCGACGAGCUCAUCGGAACAGUCAACUCGGCGGAAAAUGAGCUUGAGCUGGCUGCACCGAUCGCUGCGGAAUCUUUGAAACUUGCGGAUGAACUGAAACGAGCUGAAGAACUAUUCCAGAAGCUUAUUGAAAACGAGGGAGAUGUCUCUUUGAUCAGAGCAAAAGUUGCAGAGGAGCUCAAGAAGAAACCAGACGCGGAGCUCAAGAAGAAGCUGGAGUUGCUCUAUCAGAAAUGGCCGAAAGCUCUCGGAGCAGCUAGAGAUCGCAAGGAUUUGGUGUCGAAGGCUGGAGAUCUUGUGAAACAGUUUGGCGAUCAGGUGCAAGCACUCGAGCAGCGACUUCAAGGAGAUCAGGCUGAACUCGAUGAGCUACUGGCUUCGGAUAAGGCUCACGAUCCAGAAGUUUGUGAUGCUCUGAAGCUUGUGGAGUUGACGAUGGCUAGACGGCUGGCGGAUGUUGAUGCUCUUAACGCUGUGAUGAAUAGAAUCGAGUCAAGUGCUCCAGGACCCGAUGCGAAUCGGCUCAGAAGACGCGCUGAUACACUGUCGGAUGAUGCGAAGGGAAUGGCGAAGAAGGCUCGAACGGCUGCAGAUUUGGCACAGCGGAAGCAAGGAUUAGCUAAGAAAUUUGAGCGACUCUGUGACGAGGUGUCCCAAUUUACUGAGAAUCAGAAAGCCGAGAUUCAGGAUGCUAUUGAGAAGGACCUGUUGAAUGCCGAGAGAGUUCAGAGCAAGCUCAACAAAAUCGAUGACUUUUGGUCUUCAAACUCCCGUGAGCUCAAGAACGUCGGUGAUGAGAUCAAAAUCGACGCCACCCCAGAAGAUGCUCAAGCAGUUGAUACUAAGCUCGCCGAGCUUCAAGCAGGAAUCGAUGGGCUCCUCGCCACGCUACAGGAGCAAAAUGUGCACCUGGAAGAAAAACGAGAGCAAGCAAAUCGUGUUCAGUCGGAAAGCCAAAAAGCUGCUGGAAAGAUCAACUCUUUGGUCGCAGAAAUUGCGGAUUUGGAUCCAAUCGGGAGAAGUCGCGAUGAGCUUCAAAAGCAGAAGAAGGAAGUCGUCGAGUUGGCAGGAGAUUUGGGUUCGGCUCAGACAAAGAUGUUGGAGCUCGGAGCUGAAUGGGAAGCUGCUCUCGGAGCCGGAAUCGUUGCUCAGCCAGUGUUUGAGAUGAAUCGAGCGGCAACCGAUGAGUUGAACAAGCUCGCCGCCCGUGCUGGAAAACGCCUUGCCCAACGCGAGAAGAAGAUUACCGAGACGGAAGAUGAGAUUGACAAGCUUCACGCGGAUGCCGAUCAGAUUGUCGGUGCUCUUGAAGCAAUCGCCAAGGAUGAAGCCCUCCAAGGAGCCCCGUCACAGCUUUUGGACCCGAAGCAAGUCUCUGAAAAAGUUCGACAAUUGAAAGAGUCGCUGAAGCCUGUUGGAGAGAAGAUGGAUGCUUUCAACACGGACUGUAAGCUUCUGAUAAAGACUGCUGGGCCUGAAUCUGAUACAAAAGAGCUGGAUUCUUUGCUGAAAAAGGUUGGAGACGCGUAUUCGGAUGUUGUUGGAAAGGUUUCCGAUAAGGAGAUGAGUGUGGAUGCGGCUGUUCAGCAACAGGGAAAGGUUGAAGAUGCCUAUCGAGCGCUGCUUAAUUGGCUGGAGGAGACGGAGGAGAUGAUGGAGAAUCGGAAGAAACCAUCUGCAGAUGCAAAGGUUGCCAAGGCUCAACUCCAUGAUUAUGAGGUUCUGAUGAAGCAUGUGGAGGAUAAGAAGCCCAGUGUUGAUGGAUUCAAAGCCAUGAUUGAGAAGAUUGUCGCAGAAGCUUCCAGUGAUGAGGAGAAGAAGGCACUUGGAAAUAAGAAUGCACAGAUUGAAGAUCGAUACAAGGAUCUUCUCAACUCGGCAGUGGAUCGUCAACGGAAGCUGCUGGAUGCAGUGGAUCUUGCGGAACGUCUUCAAGAAGUUACGAUUCCACUGGAUUCCUGGCUUCAAAGCGCUGAUAAACGACUUCAGGCUCUUGCAAAAGUACCUAUUACUGUUGAAAAGGCUGAGGAGAUGAUCGGAGAGCAGGAAGCCUUGCAAGAUGAGCUCGAGCAUAAAUCCGACGAUCUUAAGGAUGUUUUGGAGAUUGCUCCGAUGUUAGCCUCCCUGGUUAGUGUUGAGGAUGCCAACUCCAUUAGCGGACAGGUGAACCAGUUGGAAGCACGAGCGAGAGCUCUUGACGCAGGAAUUACCAACAUGAGACCACUGCUAGAGUCGUUCCUUCAACAGAUUCAAGAUUUUACGCUGGACGCUGAAGAUAUGACUCAAUUUGUUGGAGAGACUGAGGUGAAGCUUGGCGAGCUCGAUGAGCUGCCGAUUGAGCCGGAUGAUUUGGUGGAGCAGACAAAUAUUCUUGCGGAAAUUGCUGUUUCGAUUGCGGAUCGAGAUGAAAUGAUGGCGAAUAUCUUUGAAGUCGGGAAGCAGCUUGCGAUCCAGGGAGAACCAGAAGAAGCUCUGAUUGCACAGAAGAAGCUUGAUGAUUUGAAGUUUCGAUAUGCUGAUCUGAUGACAUCUGCUGAUGAGAAGAUUGCACUUCUUGCCAAGGCGAUUCCAUUAUCGGAAGGAUUCCAUGAAGGAUUUGAUACUGUCAUGCAAGUUCUGGAGGAUAUGGAUCGUGAUUUGCAAACUAUUGAUGAAGAGGAUCCCGAGACACAGGCUGAACUCAUUUUCCUUCUCGAAGAAGAUAUUUCUCAAAAAAUGCGCCCAUCCGUGGACGAGCUUACUGCUCUUUCCAACCAGCUUCAAGUUCUGUGCUCUGCUGAUAAGGCUGAUGAGCUUCAGACCAACACGAUUGCCAUGAACAAGCUGGUGAACUCGGUAGCGGAUAGAGUUGCUCGGCGAGCUGAGAGAAUUGAGAUGGCAUCGAAACAAUCGAGAGCUGUUCUGGACGAUCUACAGUAUCUUAUUGAAUGGUUCAGUGCGGCUAGAGAGCGAAUUUUGGAAGGAGCACCGCCAUCGCUGGAUUUGGAAGUUCUCAAGUCACAGCUGAAACAUCAAAGAAUCACGAAUGAAGAAGCCAGUGCUAAUAAGGUUCAGUUCAGAAAUGUUGCUGGAGAAGCGAAGAAGGUUGCUCGGCAGUUGGGAAUGGAAGGAAAUGAGGCGAAUGAGAAGAUCUCAGACACAGUUGACGAGGGAAAGGAGUUGGUUGAAGAAGUGAUGGCUCUUUGUGCAGAUCGGACGGAGACGUUGGAACGAGCUCUUGCAUUGAUGGAGCAGCUUACAUCACAAUUUGAUGAACUCAACAAGUGGCUGGAUCAGAUGGAUGCCGAACUUCAAGCUUCUCCAUCAGUGACGACAGCGACACCUGCUGCGGAACUCAGAGAAAUGCACGAUCACAAUGAAGAGUUGGCACGAAUGGUGGCUGCUUAUCGACCGAUUAUCGAAGGAUUCAAGUCUGAUGUCGGAUCUCUUCACGAGGUUCUUGCCGAAGAUCAGGCUCCGCUUUUGGAAUCAGUUGCUGGAGAACUUGUGCAAGGAUAUGAAGAAGUUCGGGAGGCGGUAAGAGCACGUGGACAUGCAAUUGAUAAUAUGAUGGGUGCGACGAUUGGAUUCGGAGAACGACUUGAGACAUUGGUGGCGAAUCUUCAAGGAGCUGCUGAUCGACUCAGGGAGAAUGAAGGAAUAUCUGCGGAUCCGAGUGUUCUUGAAUCGAGGCUUGCAGAGAAUCGAUCCAUUGUUGAGAGUCUUCGUGAUAAGCAGAAUGCCUAUGAUGCUCUCAAGCAGACGGCUUCAGAACUUCUUGCGUCAGCUCCAGAAGGUGAUGCUGCUGCUGGGGAUGUUGAGAACAAGCUCAAUCGACUCGAGAAGUUAUGGAAGGAAAUUGAACGAGAAGCUGUUGAUCGGGGAGUUCUUUUGGAGGAUGUUCUAGACAAGGCGAAGCACUUUUGGAGUGAGCUCGAUUCGUGUCAGAAGGCUGUUGAUGACUUGAGAAAUCGUCUUGAGCUUGUGGAGCCCGCUACUGGGCAUCCGGAGCAGUUGGCUGAUCAGCAGGAGAUUAUGGCUCAAGUUGCCAGCGAGAUGGAGCGAGCUCGCCCACGCAUCGAAGCUCUGAGCAUUGCUGGAAAACAGCUUGCUGACUAUGUUCCAGAUGAUGAGAAGGCUGUGAUUGAGAAUCAAGUGGCGAAUGUUCGUGGCGGAUUCUCGACGAUUACGGGACUUUUCGCUGAGAAAAAGAGAGAUUUGAUUGCGGCGAUGGAAGAGGCUAUGACAUUCCAUGGAGAUCUUCAGGAACUUCUCAAAUGGUUGGAUAUGGCAGAGCAGAAGCUUCUCAAGAUGAGCCCCGUAGAGCAUGCCAAGCACAUGACGGAGAUUGAGCAAUUAUUGAAGGAGUUGCACACAUUCAAAGACGAGGUGCACGAAAGAGGAGUAGCCAAGGAGCAAGUCGUCGCUACAGCUCUCCAGCUCGCUGCAGAUGCUCCACCGCACCUGGCGGCUACCGUAAGACAACCAGUCGCCGACCUGAAUACUAGAUGGAGCCGAUUGAAUGCAGCACUUGCCGAACGAGAGCAUAAGCUCGAGAAUUUGAUGCUCCAAAUGGGAAAACUGGCGAGCACAAUUGCUCAGUUGACGGCUUGGAUGGAUAAGACGAGAGCCACUUUGAAGGAUAUUGCUCCGCCGAAGAAUGCGGUGAACUUGAGAGAUAUUGAAAUUGCUCAAUGUAAACUCGUUGUGCUCAGUAAUGAUAUUCAUGCUCAUCAGGAUAGUGUGAAUGCUGUGAAUCGUGCUGCUCAAAAGUACAUCCAAACUUCUGGAGCUCUGGACGCUGAAACUUCUGAUUCUCUGAAAUCUAUGAACUUGAAAUGGGAGGAUAUUCAGAAAGUCUUGGAAUCACUGGCUUUUGAUAUGGAAGUCGCUAAAAAAGAGGCUGAAAAUGUUGGAGGAGAAGUCGAGAAAUGGCAGAGAUGGCUGGAAGAAACUGAAUCUGCUCUGCUUUCCACUAAACCAACGGGAGGAUUACCGGAGACUGCUGAAUUCCAGCUCGACGAAUUCAAGGCCCUGAAGCUCGACGUUGAGCACAAUGCUUCGCCACUUGAAGCACAUCUUCAUGCCACUGAGCAACACUUGAAGGAAGAACCCCAGGACGCUGACACAUGGCUUUCCAAGACUCACGGAGCAAUGAAGACGAAGUGGAAUAAGGUGAAGGAGCUGCUCGUUGAUAGAGAGAAGAAGCUGCAGGUGGCUUAUGAGCAAGCGGUUGCUCUUGAGAGUGCGUUGAAUGAUAUGGAAGAUUGGAUUAUUGCCGCUGAACGCAAGCUCACCGAUCAGCCAUCGAUCUCACGUCUCCCGGAUGUAAUUGAAAAGCAGCUCGCCGAGCACGAAUCAUGGAUGGAAGAGGUUGCUGGACGAAAGAUGGCAAUGACGAAACAUCAAGCAUCAGGAGUCCAUAUGCAGUAUUAUUGUGAGAAGAAGGAUGCCAUCCCGAUCAAGAAUCGUCUUGUUUCCCUGAAACAUCGCGUUGAAAAGAUCUCUGGAAGAACUGCAGAACGUGCGAAGCAGCUGGCUGUCACUCGAGAUGAGGUUGCCACGUGGCAAGACGGGCUUCAUGAUUUGGAGCAUUUCAUCUCGGAUGUCCUUGUGAAAAUUGCUCCUGAACCAAAUACCACUAGCUCACUGGAAAAGCUCAAGGCGAAGCUGGAGGAGGUGAAGGAAGCUCAGCGAGAUGUGACCGCCAAGCAGACACUGUUCGAUGUGACUAGAAAACGUGGAAUCGGACUUGCAGAGCGAGCAACUCGGUCGGAGUACAAACAAAUUUCGAUGACAAACGAGAAGAUGAGCAAGAAGUGGGCUGAGAUGUUGAAGAAGUUGAGAGAUCGACUGAGAGAAGCCGAGCAGGCAGUUCUGGAAGGUGGAGCAUUUGAGGAGUCGAUGAAUGAUCUGGAAUCUUGGGUUGAUGAUGAGCUGGAGAGAUAUCAGAAAGCUGAGCAUGAGCCUGUAUUUGCGGAUAUUGAUGGAGUUAGAGCACUUGUUGAUGAAGAAUCCAGAAGAUCUGCUGAAAGAAAAACGAAGGAAAAUGGAGUGAAGACGGUGGUAAAGAAGGCAGAUGCUCUGAUGGCUUCAGGAGUUGAUGAGAAGGAUUCGAUAGCUCAGGCUAAAGAACGACUUGUUGAGAAGUGGAAUCAAGUAGAAGAGGCUGCAAGACAUCGUGGAAAUAGUAUCAAAGAGGCUGAACAAGCAGCUGAAGAGUUUGAUGCAAAGACGCAUGCUCUGCUGGAUUGGCUGGCGGUUGAAGAGCAGAAGCUCAAGGCUUCAGGUCUGGAUGAGGUGGAAGGUGUGAAGCAGGAGAUGGAUGAAGCCAAGGGAAGAUAUCAAGAAUGCUUGAAGAAGGGAGAAGAGAUUCUUUCAAAGUGUCAGCCGGCUGCUGAGCCGAUUCUCCGGAAUUGGAUGCGAGUCGUUGAGGCACGAUGGAAGGAGGUCUCGGAGAAGGUUGACGAGCGGGAGUUUACACUUUUGGAGCAAGAGCAGAAGGCUAAGGAGCAGAAUGAGCAGAUUGAGAAGCUUGCCAAGUUUGCUGCGCAGAAGAGAGAAGAGCUCAAUCGGAUGAUUGAGCAGCCACCGGCUCAGGAUCUUGAUACCAUGGAGCAGAACAUUUGUGACUUUGCUAACCUCGACUCGGAGCUCCGCGAGCAACAACCCGAGGUAGACGCCGCUUGUAAAUCUGCAAAGAAGGGAGCCAGGAAUCCAGCUGCAGAGAUGCUCUCGACAGAAUGGAAGAAGCUUUGGUUGGAUGCAAUGGGUCUUCAAUCAUCGCUGGACAAUCAAAAGGCACUACUGGAAGAGAUGAAGAGGCUUGAAGGAUGGAAGUGGGAAGAUUGGAAGGAGCGAUAUGUGGAGUGGAAUGAUCACGCGAAGGCACGUGUCAAUGAUUUGUUCCGACGAAUCGAUCGACUUCACACUGGAAAUGUGCCAAGACAGGUGUUCAUCGAUGGAAUUAUUGGAUCCAAUUAUGUUCCAAACUCGACGAUCGUCUACUCCAAAUUCCCAACUUCCCGACUCGAAAUGGCCAAAGUUGCUGAUCGAUUUGACAAGGGUGAUGGAAUGAUCAAUGCCAAGGAAUUCAUCAAUGCUCUCCGAUUUGAUGCUUCUAAUAGAAACGCCAAGCCACAAACGGACACUGAAAAGAUCACGCAUGAGAUUGAGCUGCAGAAGAAGACGUGCAGCUGCUGUACCCCAUACCAAAUUGAGAAGAUCUCUGAGAAUCACUAUCGGUUCGGAGACACCCAUAUCAAGAGAAUGGUCCGCAUCCUCCGAUCGACUGUGAUGGUUCGAGUCGGAGGUGGAUGGGAGUCGCUGGACGAGUUCCUCCACAAACAUGAUCCAUGUCGUGCCAAGGGACGUCUUAACAUCAACAUGUUCCCAGAAGCUCGUCCGAUUCAUGCGCUUGACUCGAUGCGAUCUUUCACCAAGAAUCGACACGGCAAGCAGCUUCCGACCACCGGAACGCCUGGUCCGAUUAUGAAGAUUCGCGAGAAGACCGACAGAAGUGUGCCGAUGAGCGGAGGGCUCGGCGGUACAGCUGGCUAUACGGUUACCACUGAUUCGCAUAGACACACUGACGCUCGCCCAUCCAGAAUUCCACGUGCUCCAUCGGACAUGAGCGCUGGGCGCCUGAGCCGUGUCGGAAGUGUCUCCAACUCGAAAAACUCGAUCGUCGACUCGUCGACACCUUCCCGACCAGAAUCCCGAGCCUCUUCGGAUGCUGGAGACCGACAAACGAGGAUUCCCUCGUUGAGAGCACGUAAAGGACAAAGAUAUAUCCCACAAGGACCAUCAUCAUCGUCUUCAAAGUGAUUUAAUUGAUUCGAUUUAAUUUUUUUUCCUAUGUUUUUGAAUGAUUUUACUUUUUUUUUUCUUAAUUUUUUAAUAUGUACCCCCACCCCUUUCCCCCCAAAAAAUUAUCCAGUUUUUCCCGGCCUACAGUUGCGCGCCCCCAUCACGUCAUCUUGGGUUACUGUAGCUGGGAUUACUGGGCUCUUUCCACCCAAAAAAAAACUGAUUUUUCUAGACACCGGUACCCCCAUCUCUCUUUUUGUGAAUAUCAUCAUUUCCGAUUUUUCCCCUUCUCAAUGCCUUUUUUGUUUUAAUUGUAUAAGAUUAAUUUCUAAUAUGAAAUAAUUUAUUGAAA